AUGUUUGUUGACUUUUUCUAUAAAAAACUUUAUGGAGAAGGUUCAUCACAAUUUAAGGCUAUUGAGAGUGCCCUUUAUGAACUUUAUGAUGAAUACAUGCAAGAUUCAAAAAAUGCAACCACAUUCGACUCGACAUCACAUCAAGGGAGCAUUGAAAACAUUAGACAAAGUAAUGUUGGGGGAGAUUCUAAUCAAAACAACAUUCUUGAGGAGUUUGACGAAUAUGAUAAUGAUGAUUCGGGUUCCAAUACCACAAGUCAAUUGCAUGUAUACCUUCUUGAGCCAAGACCUAAAAGAACUUUUUCUGUUAAUAUGCUUGACUUUUGGAAAGCCCAACAAUAUAGGUAUCCAAAAUUAGCUAAAUUAGCUAUGGAUAUACUUUCUGUUCCCGUUUCAACAGUAGCAUAUGAAUCGGCUUUUAGUCUUGGUGGAAGAAUUCUGAAUGAAUAUCGAAGUUCCAUGAAGCCUGAUGUGGUUGAAGCUUUAGUUUGUACUAGGGAUUGGUUGUUUAGAGAAAAAGUUGAUUUGAAUGUGGCUGUUGACAACCGAACUCAAAAUGUAAUGAAUUUGAACAUCAACGAAUUCAAUACGAAGGCUACAAAUUCCAACAUACUUUAGGUUGUCAUUUGAUCAUCUUGAAGAAGUCGAUGUUGGAGGAAGAAAUGGGAACUAUCGCAUUUGAUUUUUGGAUAUGUUUGAACAAUUACACUUUGCAUGAACGUGUUGAUUUUCAAUUUUAUUUGGAUGUUUAUGACUUUAUGUUGAAUGUUUA